UGUUGCUCCUCUCUCCCUGUGUUGCUCCCCUGUGUUGCCCCUUGCGGAUGUGUUGGAGCAGGUGGGCAGUCUGGGGCGUUUCCAGUUCCUUCAUGUUCUGCUCCUCUCUCUACCCAUCUUCAUGAUGGCGAGUCACAACCUGCUGCAGAACUUCGUGGCCUUGGUGCCCCCCCACCACUGCCGCGGAUGUGUUGGAGCAGGUGGGCAGUCUGGGGCCCCCCUGCUCCUCCCUGUGGGGUCCCUCUUGUUGCCCCUGCCCUUCGACCCCCAGGGCCGACCCGAGCGCUGCCACAGGUAUGCCCAGCCGCAGUGGCACCUUCUGGACUGGAACCAGAGCCAGAUCCUCCAGAACUGGACCAGAAACCAGAGCCAGGCGGAGCUGCAGGGCUGUGGGGAUGGCUGGGAGUACAAGAACUCUGAGAGGAGCUCCACUGUCAUCUCUGAGUGGGACCUGGUGUGUGAACACCGCUCUCUGAAGCAGAUGGGUCAGACUAUUUACAUGGGCGGAGUGCUGGUGGGGGCCACAGUCUUCGGGGGUCUGUCUGACAGGUUUGGUCGCAGAGUCCUGCUGCUCUGGUCUCACUUGCAGAUGGCUGUUGCCGGUACCUGCGUUGCCUUCUCUCCCUCCUUCCCCUGGUUCUGCUUCUUCAGGUUCCUCACUGGGAUGGCUAUGUCUGGGAUUAUCCUCAACUCCUUCUCUCUGAUCGUGGAAUGGAUUCCCACUCGCGUGCGCACGAUCGUUGGCACGGGAACGGGGUACUGCUACACUCUGGGGCAGCUGAUCCUGGCUGGCCUGGCAUACUGGAUCCGAGACUGGCGCUGGCUCACCCUAGCCGUAUCGUUGCCUUUCUACCUCUCCUUCCUGUACGGCUGGUGGUUUCCAGAGUCUGCUCGCUGGCUGGUGCUCAAUGGCAAGACUGACUUAGCUGUCAAUCACUUGCAGAGAGUGGCGCGGAUCAACGGGAGGGUGGAGGAGGGGAAAAAAAUCAACGCAGAGAUGCUCAGGUGCUCCAUGCAGAAGGAGAUUUCCUCUGUCAAGUCGUCCUACAGCCCUCUGGACCUGCUGAGAACCCCGGCUAUAAGGAGGAUCACCUGCUGCCUCACCUUCGUGUGGUUCUCCACGAGUUUUGCGUACUACGGGCUCUCGAUGGACCUGCAGAAGUUCGGGGUCGAUAUUUACAUGAUCCAGGUGAUUUUCGGCGCCGUCGACAUUCCAGCCAAACUGGUCUCCACCGCGGUCAUGAGCCUGGCCGGCCGCAGAGUGACCCAGAGCGGCUCGCUCAUCCUGGCCGGAGUGACCAUCCUGACCAACAUCUUCAUCCCGCACGAUUUUCAGACAGUGCGCACGGUUGUGGCUGUGUUUGGAAAGGGCUGCCUGGCGUCUUCAUUCAUGUGCUGCUACCUCUACUCAGGAGAGCUGUACCCCACCCUGAUCCGACAGAAUGGAAUGGGUCUGGUCUCCAUGAUGGCUCGUCUGGGUGCGAUGGUGGCCCCCCUCAUCCUGUUGACGGGUGAAUUCGUCCCUUUCCUCCCCAUGCUGAUCUACGGGGGAGCCCCCAUGAUUUCGGGGGUCAUCGCUGUAUUCCUGCCUGAAACGCUGAACAUCCCGCUGCCGGACACCAUCGAGGAGGUGGAGCUGAGGGUCUGUGGGCCGAGCCCAGCGGAGGAGACGCCCAAGACGGAGGAGGCGCCUGUCGGGGAAGUGAACCAAUCGCUGCUGAAAGAGACCCUGUGAAUACUGCACAGCCUGACAGCUCGACACAGCAAGAUACACAACACAGUACACAGCCUGACAGCUCAACACAGCAAG